AUGGCUUCCCCUUCUUCUCACCAUGACGUAUUCAUAAGCUUCACGGGAAGAGACGUCCGUAGAACAUUUCUCAGCCAUCUUCGAAAAGAAUUCCGAGUGAAGGGAAUUUCGUGUUUCGAGGAUGAUAGAAUCGAGAGAAGUCGGUCCAUCGGUCCCGAACUCGUAAGAGCUAUAAAGGAAUCGAUGGUAUCGGUCGUAGUCAUCUCGAAGAACUACGCUUCUUCGAGUUGGUGUCUGGACGAAUUGUCAGAGAUUAUGAAACGUAGGGAAGAAGACGAAGGGCAUUAUAAGGUCAUGACCGUUUUCUACGAAGUGGAUCCGUACGAUGUGCGGAAACAAGCAGGAGAUUUCGGGGAGGAGUUCGAGAGAACUUGUGUCGGUUCAUCAAUGGAGAAUAUACGGAGAUGGAAGGAAGCGUUGAGUGAGGUGGCGAAUAUAGCAGGGGAACAUUCUCGGAACUGGGACAACGAGGCAGAGAUGAUUGAAAAAAUCGUCGUAGAUAUUUCGAGUGACUUGAGUUCUACAUCGGCCGAGGAUGUCGAUGACAUACGUAUAAUGGAAUCUCAUACAGGACCGAUGGCUCGGCUCUUACGCUUAGAAUCCGAGGAAGUGAGGUUUGUCGGGAUCUGGGGCCCUGCGGGCAUCGGUAAGACCACUCUCGCCCGAGCUUUGUUUAGCCGACACUCGAGUAAUUUCCAGCUAAGUCUCUUUGUCGAAAACGUGAAGCGAGAUUACAAGAAAACUGAUUUCGACGAUUAUGGUUUGAAACUAUAUCUAAAAGAACAACUGCUAUCCAAAAUGUUCGACCUAAAGGACAUUGGAAUGAACCAUCACAUGGGCGUGGGGAUGGAAAGGCUAAAGAGCAAGAAAAUCUUACUCGUUCUUGAUGAUAUCGACGAUGCCAAACAGCUAGACGACGCCUUGGCUAGCCAUACUCGAUGGCUUGGUCCGGGAAGUAGGGUUAUCGUGACGACGAAAGACGUGAAACUGCUGAGAUCACACAACAUCGACCGUAUAUACAACGUUGAUUUUCCAUCUAAGGACAAAGCUAUUCAAAUCUUUAGCCGAUACGCUUUCGGACAAAACUCUCCGCCCGAUGGUUUUCGAGAUCUCGUUACCGAGGUUGUAAGUCUUGCCGGUUAUCUACCUCUGGGCCUCGGGGUCUUGGGUUCGAGCCUGCGAGGGAUGGUUAAAGAGGAUUGGUUGCUGGCAUUGCCGAGGUUGAGAUCAAGUCUCGAUAAAAAGAUUGAGAAAACACUUCAAGUUAGCUACCAUGACUUGCAUGACAAAGACAAAUCCAUAUUUCUUCACAUUUCAUGCCUAUUCAACGGCGAGCACGUCGAUCGGAUAUCGCAGUUGCUGGCGAAUAGCGACUUGGAUAUCGACUUCGGGUUAAAGGUCCUUGCCGAUAGGUCUCUUAUACGUAUAUCUACCUACGGACGGAUAGUGAUGCAUUGCUUGCUAGAGCAGAUGGGCAGAGAAAUCGUUCGCAGACAAUCCAUUCACGGGCCGGGAAAACGCCAGUUUUUAGUGGAUCCAAAGGAGAUAUACGACGUAUUUUCCGAUAAUACGGGCACAGGAAAUGUUUUGGGCAUAUCCUUAGACGCAUCAAGAUUGCCGGAUAAGUUGUUCAUAAGCCAAAAGAUAUUCUUAAGAUUUCCGAAUCUUCAGUUCCUAAGAUUCUGCAAUAGCUCCAUGGAUGACGGCGAGAGGAUGUUGCGUUUCUCCGGAGGUCUUGAUUAUCUGUCACGUAAACUUAGGCUAUUGCAUUGGGAUGCCUUUCCGAUGGCGACGAUGCCUCGUGGGUUUCGACCUGAAUUUCUCGUUGAGCUCAAUUUGCGAGGGAGCAAGCUCCAGAAGCUCUGGGAUGGAAGACAGCCCCUUAGGAAUCUCAAGGAGAUGGAUUUGAGUUACUCAAGGAGCUUGAGAGAAAUUCCAGAUCUCUCCAACGCGACGAAUCUUGAGAAGCUGUAUCUUGAUUGCUGCGAGAGUUUGAUCGCUCUUCCCUCGUCCAUCGGAGAACUCAACAAGUUGACGAGAUUAAGCAUGGAGGGAUGCAUAAACUUCGAGGCGUUUCCCGACAACGUCGACUUGGAAUCUCUUAGCAUCCUCGAUCUGAAUAGAUGCUCGCGGUUGAGGAGUUUUCCGGAGAUUUCGACGAAUAUUGAGCAUCUUCGACUGAACAAUACCGCGAUAGACGAGAUCCCGUCGUCCAUUAGACAGUGGUCUCGCCUUUUCGAAUUCUCCAUGAACGACUGCGGACAGCUCAAGAUGUUUCCGCAUGUUCCGCAUUCUGUUCGGUUUCUGUUUUUGAGUAAGACGGGAAUAGAAGAAGUUCCUCCGUGGAUCGAGAAUCUAUCUCGGCUCAAACUACUUGAGAUGGGAUAUUGCAAGAACCUGAAGAGGAUCUCGUCGAAUAUCUCUAACCUCGAACAUCUUGAAAGGCUGGUGUUUUCGGGUUCUAGAAAUAUCGCGAGUGUUCAUACCGAGAUCUUCAAGAACUCUUGCUUCUCAAACACUCCGAGGCUCGGUGUAGCGAAGAUUCACGUCACGUCUCUCACGAGGUUAUCGUUAGCCAAUAGCGAUUUCGUGAGUAUUCCGGAUUACAUCAAGCAUCUCUGUCACCUGCACGCUUUGUUCCUCGACAAUUGCAGAAGACUGACAUCGUUGCCCGAUCUGCCGGAUUCGCUCUGCACCCUUCGAGCAUUCGGAUGCGUCUCGCUCGAGAAAGUGUCUCGCCCUUUCUCUAACCCCGGAAUCACUCUCAACUUCAUCAACUGCUUGAAUCUAAAUCAAGAAUCGCAAAGAUUUGUUCAAGAAUCUGUUUGCAUGCACGCGUUCUUGCCAGUCGGAAAAGUGUUCGGAUACUUCCCCCACUGGGCGAGCGGAAGCUCGCUGACCAUCCGUUACGAAAAGAGGCUUUUCCCCGAGUUCUUGAGGUUCAAGGCUUGUGUCGUUCUUGCUGCCGAAACCAUUUCCGAGACGUCGUUAUCCAAAACGAUCGUUAUAUCUUAUCGCGCCGUCGCCAGAGGCGCGGCCGUCAGGACGUACGAAUUUCCGGACGUUCUUGUUCAUGUCCAUACGCUCCUAACUACGGAUCAUCUCUGUAUGUUCAGCUCUUAUGUAUGGCUAGACGACAUUGACAGAGACGGCGGAACACAAGAAGCGGUGACUGACAGCGAGAUUCUUCUCGAGUUUAGUUGCACUCCUUACAAGGUAAAGGGAUGCGGUCUCCAAAUCUUGAAUGCUUCUUGUCGGUCUUCGGACACAUUGGACACGUGUCUUUGA